UUUUCUUGUCACAUCCAUUCCUCCAGGAGACGAAAGUAUGGCAUCAAUCUUACGCACAGGAAAAUUUCUUCGGUAUUUCGCUGGUUUUACGCGAAAUUUUGUUGUAGAUUCAGUUAGACAAAGUGAAAAUGGAAGCAGCCUGCUACAAAGUUCUCCAACCGUUGGCAUACAAUUCCAGCAUGGGUUCGCCAGCAGUCCAGCAGCGAAGUCGGAUCUUAACUUAGAGAAACAAAUACGCCGACUAGACCAGGAUGUUCGUCGAGUCGGCAGAAUUUCACGUCGCGAUAUUGAGGAAGUUCUUGAAGAAAUACGCACUCAGCGAUCAGCAACUAGUUCACAAUCACUGCUCGUAAUACGGUGCUGCGGCAAUUUAGUGCCGGAAGAAAUGCCUGAAGUAAGAACAGCACUUGUGCAGGAAAUUUGGAAAACACUAAACUCUUUAAAUGUGCCAAUGGAUAUAUCCCAUUACAAUGCACUGCUGCGUGUGUACUUAGAAAAUGAACAUCAUUUUUCGCCAACAGAUUUUCUCGCAGAGAUCGAGUCAAAGAAUAUUGAACCAAAUCGAGUGACAUAUCAGCGUUUAAUAGCGAGAUAUUGUCAGCAGGGUGACAUUGACGGAGCUACCCGUAUAUUAGAGUUUAUGCGUUCAAAAAAUCUUCCGGUUAACGAAAAUGUUUUCAAUUCCCUUAUACUUGGUCACUCGCAAGCAAAUGAUUUGGAAUCUGCCAAAGGAAUUCUGUCUGUUAUGAAACAAGCUAACUUGGAGCCCAGCGCUGAUACAUACUCCACCCUCUUAUGUUGCUAUGCACGUCAUGGUGAUAUUGAUGCUAUACUACGUACAUUGGAUGAAUGUGAAAAAGCAGAAGUUAUCUUGCUAGACAAAGAUCUUUUGGACAUCGUUUACGCUCUAAGUGUUAACGGUCACUCGGAUAAAGUAGACCCAGUACUGGCAAGGUUGCGUAUAUCAACCGGAUUCAAUCAAGAUGCUGUAAAUGUUAUAUUGCGUUUGGUAAAUAAGGGUUACGAGGAUGUGGGUCUACAAAUUUUGCGAACAAUGCCACGUGCUACCCGACCUGAUGGCCAACUCGUAGAUACUGGUAACUUUUUUAUAAAACAACUUGUCAAAGUGGACCGUCCCGUAGAGAAGAUCUUGAGCAUAUGCAAAGUUCUGCAAGCUGAAGGUCUGAAUCCUAAAGCUCUGUUAAUCGCCACCGAAGCUGGACUAAAUAAUGGUGCGAUUUCAAAUGCACUUCCACUUCUUCGCGAAUUGAAGAAGGCGGGUUUGCCUAUACGUCAACAUUAUUUCUGGCCUUUGAUUUGUUCUGCUGAAUCCAACCAAAUCAUUAGUAUUAUCCGACACAUGCAAGAUGAGUUCAGUAUAAAUCCCAGUUCAGAAACUCUACGUGAUUACGUCAUUCCAAAUUUAAAGGAGAAGAACUGGGAUAAAAUCGUGACAAUUUUACGUGAUGCAGGUAUAUCGAGUGCUAACGCAGCGGCUUCAGUUGCUUAUGCGGCGUUAGCAACAAAUCAACUAAAGUCCUCCGCCAACAUUAUGGAGUCAUAUCGCGCAUUUUACUCACCCCAGCUAUUUAGACAGCCCUUGAUUCAUGCGCUUUCUGCAACAGAUGAUUACGCCUCGUUUGUUCGUGUGAUUAGACAGCUUUACGAGAGCAUACAGAGCCGCUCAACAAGUGCUCAAAGAGCGGAACAGGAGGAGAGUGCUGAAAUUCCAGCAACGGCUGAAGUGGUCGAAAAUGAUGGAGCUAACCAAAGUUAUGAUAUUGUUGGUGUUAUUUUAAAUGACGUUUCCAUAUAUUUCCGUCGCAAUACCGUAGAAAUCUUGCGUAACAUUCUUCCUAAGCUGGCAAAGGAAGGAUUUACAAUUAGCAAUAAGAAUGCUGCAAGAAUUUCCGAACGCCUGGGUUCAGAAAUGACAACUGAGAUUUCAGAAAAUUUGGGUAAACUUAGCUCUGGUGAUCUAGAAUUAUCGCCUUUAAAAACUGCAGAACCGCGUAAGCGUAGUUUGGAUUCGUUAACUGUUGAUGAACUUGAACGAUUCAUCGCAAAUGUGGAAGCUAAAGGUGAAAAUGCUAACAAUUUGAAGCGUCAAUUAUUGGUUGCUUGCUUCCGUGCUGGCAAUCUAGAGAAGACCUUGCAAGUUAUUGCGAAAUUAGAAGCCGAAAAUUUCACUAUUCCAACUGGUAUAUGGGCACAACUGAUCGAUUUGUAUGCGAUUGAGGGGAAAACAGCGGAAGCUCUAGAGCAAUAUGAAAAAAUGAAAACAAAAGAUCCCGAAUUCGUAUUAGACAACUUCAAAACAGUGCACAUCGUUAAAUUAUUGAUUAAUGAGGAGCGCUUCGAUGAGGCCAUUAAAUUCCUAGAACGUAAUAAGAAAGUGGAUUUGGUUGUAGAUAGCGAAGGUUCUUUCAAUUACACAUCCACGGUAUGGCGUUUAUUAAAUACACUUGCCGAAGCUGGUAGCGCUGAUAAGCUGCAGAAACUAUUUGACACAUUAAAGGAUGGCAAUUAUAUAUAUCCCACUAAUGUACUUUUGGGACCUUUGAUAAAGGUACAUCUAACAAAUGACGACAUCACAAAGGCUAUGGAGACAUUUGAGCAAAUCUGUGAAAAGUAUAAGUCAACACCGUGGAAAAAUGAACUCGCAUGCCGACUGAUACAAAAAGAGGAUGCUGCAAAUUUGCAGAAGCUGACUGAUUUAAGUACAAAUAUCCAUGGUGAAGUUAACAGUCUGUAUGAUUUGGUAUUUUCUUUCGUUGAAUGUGGGCGUAUACGUCAAGCGAGAAAGAUUUUGGAGACACCUGGACUUCGCACUCGUCCACAACGUAUCAACCACGCAUGUGAACGUUACAAAAACGAAGGCAUGGUAGAGCCUCUAGAAGGCCUAGUAGAAGCGACCAAGGACCUUAAUCAUAUAGAUCGCAACAAAAUCUACUACAAUUUAUUGUUGAGCUACUGCAAAUCAUCAGAUGCAGAAAAGGCUUUAGGCUUAUGGACUAAAAUGCAAGAAGAAAAUAUAGCACCCACUGAUGUUUUCCUAAUUAAAUUAGCAGAGCUAUUGAAUUCGCAGAACAUUAAGGUGCCUUUUGUAGUACCAAAAUCAGAAGAAGUUUCUAAAACUAAAACUGUCGAAUCAGUUGAUAAUUCUAAGAAAGUAGUCGUCAAACAUACAAAUAAUAUAUCGCUUCUUCGGAAAGCUGUAAACGCUGGUGACAUUGACGCCGCACUUAACUAUAAAAAUCAGUUGCAGUCAAAUGAAACGCUGAGCAUCAGUGAUCUUUCUCAUCUAAUCGAACAUUUAGUGCGUGCCGAACGUCUAACGGAAGCAACAAAAUUUGUAAAUGAAUUGUUGGCGAAUAAUCGUUACCCCAUUCCGAAAAUUUUCAAAUUUUAUUUAAAUAAAAUCGCUGCCGCUGGCGAUGUCCAAACUUUAGAGACAAUUGGAGGGCAAUUAUCCGACGAUCAAAAAAAGAUUGUUUCCUUCGAUAACCGUUUUUGUCACGCCAACAUUGUAGCUGGAAAAACGGACCACUAUUUGAAUUCGCUAUAUGAGCAGAUUUCUGCAGUAAACACCACCGAAGAAGCUGCGAAACUUGCUGAAAAGUUUCCACGUGGUGGUGCUCUUGGUAUUUUGCAACAAAAACCUGAAGCCUUGCCUUUAUUCCAAAAAAUCGCUGAAAAAUAUGCUGAGCACAAUCAGUUGGGUCCAGUGAAUGUACUUUGGAUGCAUUUACUCGCUCUAGGUGAUGAGACUGCAUCAAAAGCGUUAUGGGAUAAACAUCUUUCGAAUGCACCUCGUCUUAUGUUCCAGCGAGUUUUGCAGACAGCGCGCGAGCAAAAAGACGAAAAACUCGCCCUAACGGUUAUAAAUCAAUUGCGUGAUUCAAAGAUUUCGGAAGGAGCUAUUGGUAAUGCCUACUCCUGCUUAAUAGACAUUCAUACCACCAGCAAAAACUUAGAUAAAGCUUUGGACACGCUAAAAACCGCCAUCAAAGACAUAUGCUUGGAGAAUAUAAAUCGUACAGCUCUCUUGCGUCUUCAAACUGCUUUACAAGAACAAAAUAAGGAAUUCCCAUAUGAAAUUCCAGAAAAAAAGUCACAAAGAGAUAGCAGUAGUAGCUCACAGUCAUCGGAUGAUGAUGUUACACCGAAGCGACCUGAGACAAGACCAAUUACCCGACCAACUAAGUAAUAAAAAUAUAUUAAAUAUGUUUGUAGCUCCUAAUAUUACCGCAUAAUUUUGCUUUUUAUUUUAUUUUAAAUAAAUGCUAAGUAUCCCAUGUUUAUUAAUA